AUGGAAACGAUAGAUAUCAACCGUCUCAAGUCCGGCGAGGUCAACCUCGGCACCUCGAUCAUGGCAGUCCAGUUCAAAGACGGUGUCAUACUGGGCGCGGACAGUCGCACAACCACCGGAAGUUACAUCGCGAAUCGUGUUACGGACAAGCUAACACACGUCCACGACCGCGUCUACUGCUGUCGCUCAGGUUCGGCCGGGGACACGCAAGCCAUCGCAGACAUUGUGCACCACUGGCUGCAGCAGUACAAACAACAAAUAGGCCAACCCCCAGUGCACACUGCGGCGAGCCUCUUCCAGAAACUCUGCUAUGAGAAUAAGGACGCGCUCACGGCUGGCAUCAUCGUCGCCGGCUGGGAUAAGGAGGUAGGCCCGAGUGUGUAUAAUAUUCCUGUGGGAGGAGGGCUUUUCCGCCAGCCGUGGGCGAUUGGAGGUUCUGGUUCGACCUAUGUGUACGGAUACUGCGAUGCGACAUAUAAGGAGGAUUGGUCGAAAGAAGAGACGAUCGAGUUCGUGAAGAACACACUCUCGCUUGCGAUGUCAAGAGAUGGCUCUUCGGGAGGCGUGAUUCGCAUGGUCAUUAUUACGGAAGACGGCGUUGAGCGGCUGUUCGUGCCAGGCGACAAGCUGCCAAAGUGGUGGCAAGGCAAGGAGGUGUUGGGCCUGCCGCUGAAGACGAAGGACGUGUCGGCUCCUGCACCACAAGGUGUACCCAUGGCGGUGGAGUAG